AAGUUUGGUACUUGCGCAGUGAAACCAAGAAACACGUUCACCGGCCGGUAGUUAGUACGGUGGUAGACUUUACACUUGUAUACCCUACAGAAACGAAAUGGCACCAGUGCCAGUUAGUGGAGAAAGCCAGAAGACUGGCGUGAAUGCCGUCCUCCUAGGACCUCCUGGUGCAGGAAAAGGCACACAGGCUCCAUUGCUGGCAGAUCUGUACAAAGUUUGUCAUUUAUCUACAGGUGAUAUGCUGAGAGCUGUUAUAGCAUCCGGAUCAGAGUUAGGGAAACGUAUAAAAGGAAUCAUCGAUGAAGGAAAACUUGUGACUGACAGCUUAGUGGUGGAGCUCAUCGAAGAUAACCUUGGGAAACCAGAGUGUAAAAACGGAUUUCUUUUGGAUGGAUUUCCUCGUACCAUCAAACAAGCAGAGGCUUUGGAUGGCUUAUUGUACAGCAGGAAAACCAAGCUGGAUGCAUGUGUAGAAUUUUCUAUAGAUGACUCACUGCUUGUCAGACGAAUCACAGGACGCCUUAUUCACGUAAAAAGUGGACGGUCCUACCAUGUGGAAUUCAACCCUCCCAAAAAGGAGAUGACUGAUGAUAUUACAGGAGAGCCUCUGAUUAGACGGUCAGAUGACAAUGAGGCAGCUUUAAUGAAGAGGCUGGAUUCCUACCACAAACAGACGAAACCCCUCGUUGAUUACUACAGCAAGCGCAAUAUACACACAGCCGUUGACGCAUCACAGCCACCCAAAGUUGUGUUUGCUAGCAUCAGGAAAAUCUUUGACCAGAAACGAAUCCUGGCAAAUUUAACUGGAAAAUACAGUUGAAAUAAACUAUUCCAUUAAUGUUAUUUUGUCAAUAUUUAAGAACAAGGUUUCAGCCUUGCGAUUUAAUAAAUGAUACAACUCAAUAACAGGGAUGUAUAUUUUAAUAUAAACUUUUGUUACAUUUCUUUAGUUUCGUUCUUUUUAGCUGAUCAUCCAAAUUGCCCGUCAUCCGUUUGUCAUCCUUUUGUAUUUAAACAAUUCUUGUUAGCUAACCUGCAAUGUAACUGAGAUCUUGCUACAUUUAUAAAUUCCAUUUGUCAGGUCGAACAACAAAGAACAUUUUGUAUACAAGUACAGUUGUAUCAGAGUCCAGAUGAAUAUUUAACCAUAAACGAAAGUCUACUAGUCUAGAAAUGCUGAGAGGAUUUUAACUAAAUUUGCAAUGUAGCUUUUUCAAACCACUGUUUGAAUAAGGUUCUUGUGAUGUACAACAUGCAACAACUCGCCUUGUUUACAAAAUGUAAAAAAUUUAAGAAUAAUUGUUUGAUAUGUAAUUGAACAAAAUAUAAUGCAAGUAGCCCAGAUUAUUGGGCCAGAUCUUUUUAUGCAUUGAAUUGGCUGAUAAAUUUAUUCCAAUUUUGAAUCAAUUUAGUGUUUUGCAGUGUCAAUGGUGUUUUAUCAAUAUGAUGGAUCAUGCAGUGUACAUUUGAUAAGGAUUACAAAUUUUAAAAGUACGGACGCUAUGGUGUGCAUUAAAUUCAUCAUUGUUAUCUCACCUGCCCGAGGAGAAGUGAGCUUUAACAUUAAUCUCCUUUUAUUCAGAAGGACAAUUUCUUUUCAAUAACCAAGAGGGCAAGAGUCCUGAUAAUGGCCAGAAGCAUGCUGGAAUGAAGGGCUAACAAGUUUGUUCAAAGGAAAUAUCUUAACCUACUUUGAGGUUACACUGGGUUUACAUAUGUUCAAAUCUUCAACUUCUUCUAAAAAUUGGCCAGUAACAUGCUUGGACGAAGGGUUUAUUUGUCAAUGAAUGACUUGACCUACUUUUAAGGUACCAGAGAUCAAACUAUAUAGAAUCUUCAAACUUUCUUUCUGAAAACCAAAAAUCUAGGGUUACGUUAUAUAAACCUGUAACAACUGAAAAGAAAGGGUUUGAAUAUGAGCUCCUCAUGCAUGAUCUAUCAAUUUGUGAGAUUAUCCACAUAUACACUAUGUAGUUACAUCUUCUAACACAUAUUUCACUUCAUAAUCAGAAGACAUUGGGAAACAGGAGAGCAAUACAGGCCCUGUUGGUACUCGUUAUUAUAUUGUCAAGCAUAUGCAAUGAACCAAUAAUUCUUUACAAUUAAACAACCUGAUGAAAUCCA